UAGCGCUUCAAGCUCAUAUAAGCGACAUAGAGCUAAGGAUGCUUGUCGAGAGUUGCUUGAACCAUUACGCCAACCUCUUCAGAAUGAAAUCUGAUGCAGCUAAAGCGGAUGUUUUCUACUUGAUAUCGGGCAUGUGGCGAACUUCUACUGAGAGAUUCUUCCAAUGGAUUGGAGGGUUUCGUCCAUCUGAGCUUUUGAACGUUGUGAUGCCGUAUCUUCAGCCAUUAACUGAUCAGCAAGUCUUGGAAGUGAGAAACCUCCAACAAUCAUCUCAACAAGCAGAGGAUGCUCUCUCUCAAGGGAUAGAAAAGCUUCAACAGAGUCUAGUUGAAAACAUUGUGGUUGAUGCGGUUUCUAUGGAUUACCCUCCUCAAAUGGCUGCAGCGUUAGAGAAUCUCCAAGCAUUAGAGGGUUUUGUUAAUCAAGCGGAUCAUCUAAGGCAGCAAACAUUGCAGCAAAUGGCGAAGAUCUUGACGACAAGACAAGCGGCUAGAGGUUUGCUAGCAUUAGGAGAGUAUCUUCACAGACUUCGUGCUCUUAGCUCUCUUUGGGCAGCUCGUCCAAGAGAACCAGCUUAAAAACAAAGAAACAGAACUGAAGUUUUAAGAAGUACACAGCUUGGAGACUUGGAAUGAUGUUAAAAGAUGUUUGCUACGUUUCACCAUAAAGCAAUUGUAGUAGUAGUAGAACAGUAAGAGUGAUUUAUCUACUUUACAAGGUUAUGGUUAUUUGCUUUAUGAAAGUAUCUCUUCCCACACACUCGAACAAGAAACUUUGUAAAAUUUAUUGAGAAUGGUUGAAAAGACCAUAUUGCGUAUCCAUAA